AGGCCGUAGAUUAAAAGAUGGCGAGCACCAGUAUAAUGUUAAAUGGAAAUAUCACGAGGGGAUGAUGUGGAGGAAGCUGGGUGAUCUAAACAGUUUGGAAGCCAUUCUACAGUUUGAGUGCUUCGGAAAUAAGCAAAACUGUGAAAAUGAGUUAAAGAAUUGUAAACUGACAAAUGACAACCAAAUCUUUAUUGAGUGGAAUAAUCCUGUUAGCAGUUACUUGCUAAAGCUGCCCCCUGACAUACUCAACAGGAUUGCUUACUUAAUUAAGGAAGAAGUAUUUAUAAGAGUGGGAAACUUUUCUGUCAGGCCCAGUGGGCCUCACCCUGUUGGCCUUCUUGACAUUCUAUGUGGGUAUUCUGACCUUUUACAUCUCCAAGAAUGCUUAAAGCCAGUUACCAUACCUGUAGAAUUGAAGUGCAAGACUGCUGACACAAAUGAAAAGUUAAGAUACUUCAUUGAUGCGAUGCAACACUUUUCUUUAGAAAAAGCUGUAAUCAACACUUCUGAAGUUACUUUGUACUCGAAAGUCGUUCCAAUCUUGUGGAUGGUGACAAAAGAUAUGCCAGUUAUCAAUAUGACUGGAAGUUAGAGGAAGCUCAGAAGAACAUUCUCCGGACUCACACUACUGCUGUUAGCACAAGAAUGCUCUACAAACUUGGACAACAA